CCUCUCCCGUACAGCCCGUCGCCGCCGUCGUCAGAUUCCAUUUUUUCCAUAAAUCCGAUUUCUGCUCCAUCCGGCCGCGGUUCGCACACAGCUUCUGAACGUUAACCAAGUCGAGCCCGAGGAGAGACACUACAUUCUCUAGACUUCGCUGAGAUCGCCCGGCAUCCUCUUCUUAAACUCGGGGUCAGAGCUAGAGAAACGGGUUGCGCUACUGUAUCAGAGUCUCCGAGGGAAGUUUUUCGAGGGCUCAUCGAGAUCUUGGUGGUGGGAACUGACACGGCAAGGUCUAACGUGCUAUACCGACAAUCGACCAACGAAGGUUGCGAGUUAGCAGGCAUUCCAUACCGAGGGGUACGGACUGAACAAUUAUUCCACUCUGACACGUCGCAAGGAUAUUCUUCUGGAGGUCGCUGAAAGUUCCACGGGCCGCAUAAUUCCUCAGAAGACAGAAUGAACUCUCAAUCACUAGUUCGUCACGACAAAAUCGUGCGGUACAAGGCUCCAAGUCCCGAUGAAAUCAAUGCACCGGGAGCUGUCGAUCCCAUCUCUGACUACAUGAAUGUCCUCAGCAUAGCGUUCUCCAUGUUCGGACUCAUGAUGAAAAUCAAAUGGUGCUCAUGGAUGGCCAUCUUUUGCUCGAGCAUAACGUUCAGCAAUUCCAAAAACAAUGAGGACACCAGACAGAUAUUCAGUAGCUUCAUGCUUUCCGUGUCAGCGGUGGUUAUGACUUAUCUUCAGAACCCUCAACCGAUGACAGUGCCUUGGCUGAUGACGUAGUUUCGGAAAG